AAAUAGUGUACAGAGUUGAGAAUGGUGCGUCGGAUAAAUUCACGAUCGAUGCUGAGACGGGUGUUAUAGCAGUCGCAAGAGGAGCCUCCUUGGAUCCAGACCUCACCCAACCAAAGAAAAUGUAUUACUCUUUAAAAGUGGUAGCCCUGGAUGGGGCAGCAGGGCAAAACCAGUUGCACGCUGGUGUCACUGUUAACAUAACCAUAUCCGAUGUGAAUAAUAAACCGCCGAAAUUCAAGGAUCCUGGAGCUGUGGUUAUCAAAGAAAAUACACCGGUAGGGACACCCAUUGUUCAGCUGGAAGCCACUGAUCUUGAUACUAGCGCUCGUCUAGAGUACACAAUCGAUUCUAGGUCUUGCGAGGCAAAAAAUGAAAUUGGCAUCCUAUUAAAACCUGAAGAUUUUAAUUGCAGUGACGUUUUCACGAUGGAUCCAAAAAAGGGCGUUAUAUCAGUCGGAAAGUCCUUGGAUAGGGAAACGGUGGAGACGUUUAGAAUUGGUUUGAAAGUUGAAGACAAGAAUUCCGAUAUUGGUCCUCAAAUUGAUACAGCUUGGAUACUCAUCGUUAUAGAAGACAUAAAUGACAACAACCCGAAAUUUCGUCAGCCGUUUUACAAGUUUAGCGUUACAGAAAACAGCAAAAAUGGAGUACCAAUAGGAACGGUUAUUGCAGACGAUUCGGACAAAAACAAAACAAUUACAUAUACUUUGGAAGGGAAUUUUGAAACAACCAGUCUGCUCUACUUGGCCAAAAAUACUGGACACAUUGUGGUGGCCACUAAAAUCGAUCACGAAAUUUAUAGUUGGUUAAAUUUGACGGUUAAAGCUACAGAUUCUGGUGUGCCACCAAGAUCGUCCAGGGUGGAUUUGUUCGUUCAAAUUUUGGACGAAAACGACAACAAUCCGUUCUUCCUACCGGAACCGAGAAUUUUGAUGGUACCGGAAGACACCCCGGUAGGUUCGGAGGUUUCGGUAAUCAAAGCAAAAGAUUCCGAUUCUGGAGAGUUCGGAAAAAUUACUUACCUUCUCGAUCGAAUAUCUUCUCAGGGAAAAUUCGUCUUGGAUGCGGACACAGGGGUGUUAAGAGUGGCUGAUAAAUUGGACAGAGAGGAGAAGGGAAACUAUUUGUUGGUCAUUGAGGCAUGGGACAAUUACCAGUUCGGCUUUAACAGUGGAGAAAGCAGAAAUUCCUUUAAACACAUCAAUGUAACAAUUUUGGAUGUAAACGACAAUUUUCCAGUACUUAACGUACCUUCGCAUUGCUUAAACAUAACAGAAUUUCAUGAACCUGGACAACCCAUUACCGUUAUAUAUGCUUCUGAUGCAGACGCUUCAGACACUUCGAAUGGCCAGGUCAUUAUAGAUAUAUCAGACGGUAAUCAAAUCGAUGUGUUCGCGUUGGAACAAAUCUCGGAUUGGUCGGCGGAAAUUCGCACUACAAACUCUCUAAGAGGCAGACACGGCAACUACACGCUGUUGGUUAGGGCCCAGGAUCUGGGGACCCCAAGUCAUUUGGUGGAGGCGCCUUUAAGAAUCUGCGUCACGGAUUUCAACGAUCAUCCGCCAGUUUUCGUCAGUCCGCCACAUAAUUCCACUCUUAGGAUACCAGAGAAUGCGACCGUUGGAAGUGCCCUCAUUCAAGUCAGAGCCAUGGACGAGGACGUGGGUCUAAAUGGGGCGAUACGGUACCGUUUGAAAGCUGACCCAGCAGGUCACUGGAAAACGUUUGAAUUGCAACCUCUGUCGGGUAUAUUGGAGCUCCGAUUGCCGUUAGAUCGGAAAAGGCAAAAAAUAUAUGAUAUAAGAAUUGAAGCGUAUGAUUUGGGGGUUCCCACACCGCUUAGUUCAGAUCUUGACUUGACAGUAUAUAUCACCAAUAUUAAUGAUUAUAGGCCGCAGUUUUUGGUGGACGAAUUCAUGGUUAAUUUUACAGAAAACAAAUUGGCAGGCGCGGAAAUCCAAAAACUCCCAAACACAAUCGACAGGGACGAGCUGGAGUUCGAAGGUCCGCCCACCCCAAUAUGCUACUACAUCAUAGCGGGCAACGAGAACAACCUGUUCACGCUGAACCCACACAAGCACGUUUUGACAACUACCAAGCGGCUGGACAGAGAACGUCAACAAUCCCAUCUGCUCCUAAUUAAAGCUACGGAGAAUUGCAGCUCUGCGCCACUAAUGAACAGCUUUUUUGAUGCUACGGAUGACACCCAAUUGAAAGUACUCGUCAAUGUUAUCGAUGUCAACGAUAAUCCACCGAAAUUUGUCCACAGGGUGUUCACGGGAGGUGUAAGUACGGCUACUGCCUUCGGAACCAACUUCAUGGAAGUAAAGGCUGAAGAUGCAGAUACGGGAAAAAACGCAAAAAUAUCGUACUAUCUCAUCGGACGAAUUCAAAUGACUUCCACAGAAGGCCUGGAAAACCUCCACAGACCUCCGUUUAUAGUAAAAAAGGAAUCCGGAGCAGUUCAGCUGAACUUUGACCCUCAAUACGGCAUGAAGGGAUAUUUUGACUUUAUGGUUUUGGCCAAUGAUACAGGAGGAUUGCAAGAUAUGGCCAGGGUGUUUAUUUACUUGUUAAGAGAAGACCAAAGAGUCAGAUUUGUGUUGAGGCAAAACCCGCCAGAAUUGAGGAACAGAAUAGAAAUGUUUAGAGGGAUUUUGGGCAACGUAACAGGUGCUAUAGUCAACAUAGACGAGUUCAGAAUUCAUGCGAAUCAUGACGGUUCAGUGGACAAAACCAGAACCGACCUCUAUUUGCACUUGGUUAAUAAAAAUGACAAUUCGAUUUUGGAAGUGGAGGACGUGUUGAAGUUGGUGGAUCAGAACACCGAGAAACUGGAUGAACUAUUCAAGGAGUUUAACGUUUUGGAUACUCAACCAGGUGGCAGCAUGGCAUUAAAAGUUAUUCAGACGUCUCAGAGUGCAACCUUUUGGUUGACAGCUUCAUCUCUAUUUCUCCUACUGCUCCUUGUAUUAUGUCUAUCUUUAUGCAUAAACCAGAGGCAAAUAUACCAUAGAAAAUUGAAAGCUGCCACUGCCACUGCUUAUGUAAGAGCAGAUUCGGAUAUAGAUGGUCGCGGCCUGAGUAUUAUAAGUGGGCGGGUCCCCAACACCAACAAACACAGCAUGGAAGGUAGCAACCCCAUAUGGUUGAGAGCUUACGCUCAAGAAUGGUAUAAGAAUGUUGAUGCUAUAAGCCAAAACUCGGAACACGACUCCCUGGACGAAAACGUAGUAGAGUGCGAGGAAAAUACGGAAAACAUUCCUCCAAAUGAAUCCAGAAAUCAAAAUUUAUAUCAAACCCUACCUCCCGUCCCACCUCCACGUAAAAUGGAAACUACGGAGUUAUGA